UCUCUUUCCAUUUUUAAAUAAAACCUCUGUGUAUUUAAAAUUAUAGUAACUAUUCUAACAAAAAUUAAAAAUAUAAAAUGCAACUUCCUUGGGCUCCUACUUCACAUGAUCAACUUGAUACAUAACCUAUUUCCCUUCAACUCUCUCUCCGUCUCUUCCAAAUCCCAAACCACAAUUAAUACAAACACUUAUAUAUAUACAAAGGAUAUGGUGUAUAUAUAUAGCAGAUACCCAAAAAAAGAAAACAACAAGUAGGUAUAGGCAAUCUCUAACUAUGGCUGGUCCUAAACCAGAAGAAUACCAUCCCACCUCUAAGCCCUCCAAAGGCCUCACCACCAUCUACACCUUCAAAAAGAAAGACCUUUUUCCAUUAACUCUUAUUCUCUUUCUCUGCCUCUUCUCUUAUCUCUUUGGUCUCUGGCAACAAACUGGAAGUUUUACCCUCAAAACCACAACAGCCACUGCCACCACCAAUUCGAUCGUUCAAAUCCCAUGUAACCCUACCAAAACCAACCCCACCGCCGAUGCACAACAUGACGAAUCACUUGAUUUUGGGGCCCAUCACAUGGCAGAUGAUGACGGAGCGGCAACAUCACCAGUCAAAGUCUACCCUCCAUGCAACGUCAAUUUCAGUGAAUACACUCCGUGUGAGGACGCGCGUCGAUCGCUCAGAUUCAGUAGGCGACAACUGAUAUACAGAGAAAGGCAUUGUCCAGAGAAAGAUGAGAGGAUAAAAUGUCGGGUUCCGGCUCCCUAUGGGUACAAAAAUCCGUUUGCAUGGCCAAAGAGCAGGGACUUGGCCUGGUAUGCGAAUGUGCCUCACAAACACCUUACGGUAGAGAAGGCAGUACAGAAUUGGAUCAGAUAUGAAGGUGAUCGCUUCAGGUUUCCCGGAGGAGGGACUAUGUUUCCGAAUGGUGCAGACGCGUAUAUAGAUGAUAUUGGGAAAUUAAUCAAUCUCAAUGAUGGUUCCAUCAGGACUGCCAUUGAUACUGGUUGUGGGGUUGCAAGUUGGGGGGCGUAUCUUCUGUCGCGUAACAUACUAACCAUGUCGUUUGCACCACGAGACACUCAUGAAGCCCAAGUUCAAUUUGCAUUAGAAAGAGGUGUUCCUGCUUUAAUUGGAGUUCUAGCCUCAAAAAGGCUUCCAUACCCCUCCAGAGCUUUCGACAUGGCUCAUUGCUCUCGCUGCCUUAUUCCAUGGGCUGAGCUUGGAGGAAUUUAUCUGAUGGAAGUUGAUCGAGUUCUGAGACCUGGUGGGUAUUGGAUUCUUUCUGGCCCUCCUAUUCACUGGAAGAAAUACUGGAAAGGAUGGGACAGAACGAAAGAGGACUUGAAUGCUGAACAGACUAAAAUUGAAAAUGUAGCUAAGAGCUUAUGCUGGAAAAAAUUUAUAGAGAAAGAUGACAUUGCUAUUUGGCAAAAACCAUUUAAUCACUUGAAUUGUAAAGCUAACAGGAAAAUUACACCAAAUACUCCAACUUUCUGCCCAGUCGAUCAGGAUCCUGAUAAAGCCUGGUACACAAAAAUGGAGGCUUGUUUGACUAAUUUGCCAGAGGUAUCAAAUAGUCAAGAAGUUGCAGGUGGAAAAUUGAGAAAGUGGCCUGAGAGAUUAAAUGCUAUUCCACCAAGAAUUAGUACAGGAAAUGUUGAAGGAGUGACACCAGAAAUUUUUGAGAAUGAGAUACAGCUAUGGAAUAAAAGGAUGGAAUACUAUAAAGCUGUAAAUAACCAAUUAGCGCAAGCUGGAAGGUACCGUAACCUUUUGGACAUGAAUGCUUAUUUAGGUGGAUUUGCUGCUGCUCUAAUCGAUGACCCUGUUUGGGUAAUGAAUGUGGUUCCUGUGCAAGCUAAAGUUAAUACUCUUGGAAUAAUUUACGAUCGAGGAUUGAUCGGAACAUAUCAAGAUUGGUGUGAAGCUAUGUCUACUUAUCCUAGAACUUAUGAUCUGAUUCAUGCUAAUUCUGUUUUUAGCCUGUAUCAGGGAAGAUGUGAAAUGGAAGAUAUUUUGUUAGAGAUGGACAGAAUAUUGAGGCCUGAAGGAAGUGUGAUACUUAGGGAUGAUGUUGAUGUAUUGGUUAAUAUCAAGAAAAUAACUGAUGGAUUAAACUGGGAAAGUCAAAUUGUUGACCAUGAAGAUGGACCUCUUCAAAGAGAGAAGCUUUUUUUUGCAGUGAAGUCUUAUUGGACGGCGCCUGCUGAGCAUGAUCAAAUUGGAUCUAUAUCUUCUUAGUUAAAGAGCUUUUUUUUAAUGAAUCGAAAUCGAAAAAAAAAAAAAGAUUCCUUCUAUCUGUUUCAAUUUACAUUAUUUUUAUAUUUUAUCUUUUUUGUGGCUUUUAUAAGUUUUAGAGUUACCAAUUUAAUUAAAUGGCAUAACCAUGAUUCAUCGUU